GUUUACUUAUUCCGUGAUGUCAACGGAAGUAUUUGCAUCGAGCCUCGUCAUGGAACUACAGCAAAAACUGGCACGGAAGUGAAAUAAUUAAAGGUCACAGGCCAGUUUUUGUCAACACACGUGCGUCCCACACAAGCCAUGCUUUUUGAAAUAGAAACUUUAAAUUUCGGUAGUUUGAUCGUAUUUUAAAAUAAAAAAUGCCGAAAAAUAAUAGAUCGUCCUUGUCGAGCGAAGAUGAAGCGAACGCUCCUGCUGCAGAGUCAGCGGUAAACCCGGCAGAAUCCGAUCAGGCUACAAAGUAUCAGUGUCCUCCUGACUUUGUGACUUUCUGCCAUGAGCCCUGCAGCAGCACUCUAGCAGAAAACCUCCGGAAGAGCAAAAAUGAGUUAUGGCUCAUUAAAGCUCCUGCCAGCUUCGAUCCUAAAUGCUUCAGUGGCAUCAGGGUAUCCCUCUCUGGCCUGCAGAGCCUGAAGGUUCCUACUGCUGCUCCAGGUGGAGCCAAGACUGGGAAGGGGCAGCAAACCUAUAACAUCCUGGCAUCCAACCACGCUAUCCCAGAACUUCAUCUGCUCACCAGCGGCAAGCAGGCGUCAGAUGGCAUGGUUGUUGGUCCUGCUUUUUCAGGUCUGCUGAAUGUGUGCGAGAGCUACAGCAGCACCAAUCAGGCCCCUCAGGUCAUCCCUGCUGCUCCAGUGCCCUCCAUACCGCCUGGACUCAAACAGCGAUUCCAGCCCUUUGGCAGCAAGACCCCCACUCUGACCUGCGUGGCAGAGAAUGAGGUGGACGGAGCUGCCUUCGGGCCCUCCUCCACAACUCUACGACCUCUGGUAGUCAAGCGAUUUAUAGAAGUGGGUCAGGUAAAACAUGAGCGGGAGGAGGAGGAAGAGGAAGGGAGGAAAAAGAAGAAGAAGAAAAAGAAGGAAAAGCAGAUAAAAACAGAGCAAAUAGAGGAUGUGGUGACCGUGAAAGAGGAACCGAUAGAUGAAAUUCAGGAAGAUGCAACCCCGCCCUUCCAGGAGGGCGAGUAUUUGGUGGAGAAGAGGAAGAAGAAGAAGAAAAAGAGGGACAGGGAGCGAGAGGAGGUGGAGGAAGGACUGGAGCCCAGUGUGACGGUGAAGGAGGAAGAGGUACCUGUGAAAUGCGAACCUAUAGACUCGUUCUUUGAUGAAGUGGAGGGCUCAGGGAAGAGGAAGAAGAAGAAGAAGAAACUCAAAACUGAUGAUGAUUAGUCUGCUAUCAGUUUGUAUUAGAAGUUUUAGUUUUGUUUAUUUUUGACCGGAUGAAUAUACAUAAGAGACUGUCUACUGCUUAAAUACUUCAGCUUUAUUGUUGCCAAGACGAUGGCAAAGUGUUGCUUCAUUUCAUUUUGGGCUCACAAAGACAGUUUAACUCAGAGCGACUGUGUGCAGCCACAGCGCUGAUAACGGUGUGUCCUCACACAGCCAGCAUCGCUGGUUUGGAACCAGAGCAGAUCCCAGGGUGGACAGUGAGACAGUAGAGUUAGCAUUUGUUGUUUUUGUAAAGGUUGUGAGGCAAGUAUUGGAGACAUUUUACUCCAGGAAAACAAAUGUUAUCAAGUAAAUUCCAAACAUGAUUAAAGGAAGUGAAAAUGAGAAAAACGCCGUGUUUUUGUCCUGCUGCAAGUGAACGGCAGCGUUUCGUCGUGACGUCAUCCUGACAGAAUAACUCACGUUUGUGUUUAACUCAGCACUGCGACUUUGACACUCUGCUAUCAUUACACUGUAUCCAGUUUACUGAGGGGUAGUUUUCUAACAAUCUCUGUGAUGUCAGGCAAAAAAAAAAAAUCAAUCUGUUCUACGAAAUAUGUUCAGAAUGAACAGGGAAGUAGUAGAUGUUACAGUCCGCUGUAUAUUAGGCUCUGUUAUUUUGUUCUAAAUAUCCUGAAGAAAUAAAAUGGUUUAACUUGA